AUGCGUUCAAGGGGCUGGGGAUUGCCGAGAGUAUGGUCAACCGGCAAAUCACGCCUCUCCUCAGUUUUUCUGGGCGAUCUGGUCCAACCAGUCGGUAGCAUCAGUCUGCCCAUCGCCUUCGGCGUCGCCCCCAGGAAGACAAUGACCUACGAUCAAUUCCUCAUUGUUGAUUGCCCAACGGCAUACAACGUCAUCAUAGGGCGAACGGCGCUCACCAGGGUGAAAGCCCACCUAUCACCACACAUGUUGCUGAUGAAAUUCCCGACACGCAACGGUACCGGAGCCAUCUGGGGCGAUCAGCUCAGCGCACGGACGUGCUAUGCCAAGGCCCUUAAGUCGGUAGCCAGCAAACCGCCAAUGGAGGCCAUGACCUUGCAGGGAUUACCGAACGGUAACAAACCUAUUGACGACCCCAGGGAGGAAAACCCAACACCAAUGGCACAGCCCGCCGAGGAACUCGAGACCAUAAUCCUGAACAAGGAAUUCCCCGAUCGGUGGGUGAAGAUCGGCACCAAUCUGGACCCCGACCUCCGAAGGCAGUUCAUCGACUUCUUACGGCAGCAUGCGGAGGUCUUCGCCUGGUCUUAUGACGAUAUGCCCGGCAUAUCACCUGAUGUCAUCAGCCACAAGCUCAGCAUCUCCCCCGCCCACAAACCAGUCAGGCAAAAGCGCCGAUCGUACGAUGCCGAACGGUAUGAGGCGAUGCGUGCCGAAGUUGACAAGCUCAAAGCCAUCGGCUUUAUCAGGGAAGCUACGUACCCUGUUUGGCUUGCCAACUCGGUCAUGGUUCGGAAGGCCAGGGGAGGAUGGCGAAUGUGUCAGGACUAUACCGACCUGAAUAAGGCUUGUCCGAAAGACAGUUUCCCCCUACCGAGGAUCGACCAGCUCGUCGAUGCCACCGCCGGGCAAGAGCUGCUCAGCUUCAUGGACGCGUAUUCAGGAUACAACCAGAUCUUCAUGGACCCUGCCGAUAGAGAACAUACGGCAUUCAUCACGGAUCGCGGUUUGUACUGUUACAAUGUCAUGCCCUUCGGCCUGAAGAACGCGGGGGGCAACUUACCAACGGCUCGUCAACCGGAUUUUUGCUAA